UCCCUGUCAAUCAUCCUCAGUUCUCACUCUUUCCAUUUGUAUUUCUCCAUCAAUCUCUUCAAUUACUUGCCUCUAACCAAUCCCCUUUCAGGCAAGUUAAGUGUCAAUCAGAGCGGCUUGUUUUACUUCUGGACUGUCGGUGUCAUGCACACCGUGUCCUUAGCGUUGGGUGAGUAUUUUCGGGUGUGAUUUAAUCACUUCAACGAUGUAAUUGUGGGAGAAUGUGAGCUGCUCAAUUAACUUAAUGAAGUGAUCCAUACUCUCACACAGAGACCCGUAGACCCUCAAACACACAUACCCAUAAGUUCACAUGAGACCAAAUAAAUACACACAUAUAUAACCAUAGGAUCACAUGAGAUAUCCGUAGACUCAGAUAAAAACUCGCAGACUCAUGUAGGCUCGCACAGAGGUCCUUAUAGACUCACGUAAAAAAAAAACUCACAGAUUCAUAAAGAGACCCCAUGAACUGACGUACAAAAAACAGUUUCAGAAUCACACAAAACAACAAUGUGGUUGCAAUCCAAAAACACAUUGGAGACCUGUCCCCAUGUUUAUGUUUUGUUCCCUUCCACCCGGUGGGAACCAGGUGGCUUUGCUGUAGGGCACGCAGUGCAAUCGAAGACUAAGGGCAUCUGGGCCUGGCCAAUUCCUCACCCAGCGAACAAGGAGAAUUGUCUACUACUGUUGGACACGGAGGGGCUGGGAGACCCGGAGAAGGCCAAUGAGGAACACGACAUCUGGCUGUUCAUCAUGGCCGUGCUGCUGUGCAAUGUGCUUGUCUACAACACCGAGAAGACUCUGGAUAACACGAGCCUGGAGCAGCUGCGCUACGUGAAGAACAUGUCAGAGCACGUUCGAUCCCAGAUUUCUCCUGAAGACGAAAAAUCAAGUGUCAUGGAAAGCCACUUGCCAUCCCUGGUUGUGUGUGUGCGGGACUGCGCACUGAAGCUGGAAUGGGACGGGAAGUCGUUCACUCCCGACGAGUACAUGGAGAAGUGCUUCCAGGUCCGCAGGAGCAAUUCCCCGAAAAAUGAAGAAUUCAACAGGGAACGCGACCUCAUGUGCUCAUAUUUUAAAAAGCGGAAGUGCUUCAUAUUCCCCAUGCCCACACACCCGGACGACAUGGACCAGCUGGAGAAUAAACUCAGCGAGACGUUUCUGAAAGUGGCGGAGGAGUUCACCUCUCACAUCUACCAGAUCAUGAAGUACAAGAACAUCGAUGGGGUCAUCCUCACUGGCCAACUCUUCCUGCAGGUUGCAGAGCUUUAUGUGCAGGCUCAUCGUUUGGGCGACAUGGCCUGCAUCGAGGGUGCACGGAAAGAGGUGGUGCUACUUGCCAACAAGCAGGCAAUGGAGGACGCCAAAGGGGUAUACCAGCGAGAGAUGGAGACGCUGCUGAAUAAGCUUCCUGUGGAGUACAAACAACUGCAACGACAUCAAGAGGAGUGCACAAAGAAAGCGAUGGCUCUCUUCUGCCGUCGCUCUGUGCUCGACUGCAAUCACGAGUUUGAGAAGAUGCUCUUGCGUUUCACGCUGGAAACAUUUGAGAAAAUGGAGAAAAAGAACACGGAGCAAUCAUACAAGUUGUCCGAACAGCGACUUCGUGAACUAUUUCAACACGUGAAUGAGAUGGACAAGGAAUUCAUGCAGCCUGGGGGCUAUCAGAGAUACAAGGCAGCAAUGCUGAAGCUGGAUGAAGAGUAUCGUGCGACAGAGGGACUCGGAGAAGAGAAAGACAAAGCCUAUGAAGAUUUUAUGGAAAAAAAUAAGGAUCGUGGACAAAGUAUCCUGAUGGUGGACAAGACACUGACCCAAGUUCAACAAGAAGAACUGAAGAGCAGAACAUUGGAAAGGAAAAGAAAGCAGGAUUCGGAGGCUCUGAAGAACGUUGACAAAGACAGGGAAUCAAACAUAUCACACUUGGAGAAUCAGCAAAAGGUCAUGACGGAGUUGUUUGACGAGAAGCUGAAGGCGAUCGAGAAUCACACAGACGAGAACAUAGCCAACAUAAAUAGUAACUUCGUGAAGAAAAUGAUGGAGUUUUUUCAGCAAAAGUGAAAGUGCGUGAUCUAUUAAUACCAUAUUAUCAAAAUUAAAAGACAUUGUGAAUUUAGGGCAUACUUUUUCAAGUGUCUUAUAACGUGGAGGAUAUCGCAGAGUUUAAUCAAAUGUGAAUAAGGGUACGGGCUUGCUUUGGAAUUUCAAAUUCAUGGUUGCAAAAUCCUCAAACCUGCAUUGUAAGCAUGUAAUAAAGAGCUUGUAGGAUGCGGGGGUCUUGGAGAAACAUCUUCCAGAUGAUGAUUAUGAAUGUGCUGCUUUGAAAUGUGGACAGAUUCCGUCUGGAACAUGUUUUAUGUCUUAAUGGCCAGUGAUGGUGUUUUCUGUCCUUUGGCUGCUAAUGCAUUGCUAUGGAGGACCAUCUCCUGGAAUAUUUUUCUGAACAACUACAUUAAACAUACUGUUUGGUUCUUUCGGUAAAGUCACGUAGGUAGAAAAAUAAAAUAAUAUAUCAUUAAAACAUAUCUUCCUGAAGAUACUGUAUUGUUUGCAUUUAUUAAGACCCCCCAAUUUGUGUCUUAUAAAGCAGAGCACAUAAUUAGAGGAUUCCCUGAUAGCAUUUUUUAUGAUGCAAUCUUAACUUUCACAAUGUGACAAGAUGUCAUUCAUAAUAGAGGUUUUUUGGGGGGGGGUUAGAUCGCGUAAAUGUGUCGUUAAAGCCGCCAGCACCACCCAACACAGCCAAUUAGUAAGGUCUGUAAAGUAAACAAAACGUAGUUAAUCUUUCACUAGUUCAGCACUAACAGGUGUGUGUGUGUGUGUUGGAGGGUAAACCCACUACAAC